CCUCUCUCCCAUUGUCAUUAUUACUCGAAAGUCAUUCCGCUUUCUCUCUGUCUCUCCGGCCAUCCCAUACCUCCCUCCGACCACCACCACCACCACCACCACCGUUGCCGGCGGAUCUGAAACGUCCUGUCCAAGGGGCGCGACCAUGCCAGUCUCGACGGCGACCUAUUGGUGCUACAGCUGCGUCCGCUUCGUCACCGCCCUGCCCCGCGCCGGCGGCGACGUCGAUGGCUCCGUCUCCUGCCCCUUCUGCGACGGCGGGUUCAUCGAGGAGAUGGCGGCGGGGGCGGCGCUGCCGGGCCGCCAUGCGCCGGUCAACCCCCGCCGCCGGUUGGAUUCUCUGCCCGAAGACGACCCUCACCCGGAUCGCGACGUCAGCGUCAGGCCUCGCCGGAGGAGGGCCAACGGCGGCGGCGACCGGUCGCCGUUCAACCCCGUCAUCGUCCUGCGCGGGACCGCCAGCCCCGAUGCCGAGACCAGCGCCUUCGAGCUCUACUACGACGACGGGGCCGGAUCGGGACUCCGGCCGCUGCCGGCGACGAUGUCGGAGUUCCUGAUGGGCUCGGGGUUCGACCGGCUGCUCGAGCAGCUCGCGCAGCUGGAGCUGGCCGGGAUCGGGCUCGGCCGGUCUGAGAACCCGCCCGCGUCCAAGGCCGCGGUGGAGUCGAUGCCGACGGUCGAGAUCGGCCACUGCCACGUGGCCGCCGAGCUGCACUGCGCCGUCUGCAAGGACGAGUUCGAGCUCGGGGCGGAGGCGCGGGAGAUGCCGUGCAAGCACGUGUACCACACCGACUGCAUCUUGCCGUGGCUCGCGGUGCGGAACUCGUGCCCCGUCUGCCGCCACGAGCUGCCGCCGGCGCCGGAGGACACCCCUGGCGCGGACCAGGAGGCGGUGGGGAUGACGAUAUGGAGGCUCCCGGGAGGGGGAUUCGCGGUGGGGAGCUUCAGGAGAGGUGGCGGGGCGGACAGGGAGAGGGAAUUGGAGCUGCCGGCGGUCUUCACGGAGAUGGACGGCGGGUUCGAGAACGGAGCUCCGAGGAGCGUGUACUGGGGGCUGAGGAGGAGCAGGAGCAGAGACAGAGGCGGGUUCGGGAGGCUGGUGAGGAACAUCAUGAAUCUCUUCUGGAGAUCAAGAUCGAGCAGCAACGGUAACCCGGACAGCGAUUCCGGGUCGAUGAGGAGGACCCGGAGCGUCUCGAGCUCCUCGAGCUCGAGCUCAGUGAUCGGGAGGUUCGUGAGGAGGCGGAGCCGAAGAUCCUGGGUCAUGGAGGAUUAGAAUUCGAGAGGUCGGGACGAACUUUUUCUUUCUUUCUUUCUUUCUUUUUUCAUUGGGGUUUUUUCUCUAAGUCGCGAUGAGUGGGAGAUAUUUAAUUAAUUUGUAGAUGGAGCCGAUUCAAAUUUGUAAUUGUAUAUAUAUGGAAUAGAAUGAGAUGCGAAUCCUUUUUAUUUU